CCUCGCCAUAAAAUAUAGAAAUACGAUGUUAUUAAAGUAAAAUUGAAAUUCAUUUGUAAAUACCAUUUCCUUAUGAAACAGGAAAUUGGAAUAAAGUGUAACCAUAGUUGUUUGUUAUGUCUAUUUUCACUUUCACAAGGGAAAAUUCGGAUCAGCUGAAAAGUAGGUCAUUGUCUGAAUAGGUUAAUGAGACUCAUGUAUCGGUUUGGACUACAGGCAGACAGACAAGUCAGCUCAAGUCUGACCACCCGUUAGAAUUGAUUUCUUCCUAUGGAUCAUUGGUGCAUCCUAGUGGUUAAAGCGUAGGCUAACUCGUCGUGGAUUCAAUAUUGAUUGCUCCCAUCAUAAUGUUGUUGUUGUUCAUUUACAAAUUAUCUAAUGUUUGUACAAACAUCAUAACGAGGAAACCUUCAAAAGAGGGAGUAAGGAAGUGCGUUUCCGCAGUGUAACGUCACCUUUCGAUUGUAACGUCGAUCGGCGACUAUGCUACACACUGUUGCUAGGCCAGAGCAACUUUUCAGUUUAUUGAAAACACAAGCCAACGUAAGAUAAUAUCGUAAUUUGAAGGUCUAUACAAAGGCACCUCUCCCUCAACAACAUGGCUGAUAAAGAUAAAGAUCUCCUCUACCUCUACAAUGACAUACAGAUGAACAGUGCGCUACCUGUAAUUGUAUUUCUAUCCUUGAUAAUGCUUACAGGUUUCAUUGGAAACUGUACCGUUUGUUUUGUGUACCUUACACGGUUCAAGCCAAGUCCUCUGAUAUGUUUUAUUUUGAUUACGUCGUUGUUUGAUUUGUUCAUUUGUGUUAUUGAUAUUCCACUGGCCAUUGUCGGCAUGAGGUACAUGUACAACUCUGGAGAGUUUCCUGUAUUGUGCAAAGCGUUUCAUAUGUUCCACGAUUUCAGUUCCAUUACAUCAAUGUUCAUGCUUCUAGCCAUUGCCGUGGAAAGAUACAAGAAGAUAUGCCAGCCCUUUGAAAAUCGCAUGACUGUACCAAAGGCCCGAGUCGUUAUAGUUGUUAGUUGUUUGCUAGCUCUGCUUUUAUCAACCCCCGCUACCAUUAUUUAUGGAGCACAUUCAUUCCCAAUCAAUGGUACCAACGAUACCAUUAUCAACGCUACUCAAUGUAAUCUCGCUGAUCUUCAUGUGUAUCAUAUUUACAUAAUUAAGCAAGUCAAUCUUGUGUUUUGGAUUUCACUGGAUAUAGGUAUGUUUCUAACCCUCUUUGUGAUGUAUUGCCUCAUAUGGCGAAGGCUAUAUGACCAUGCUGAUCGGAUGAGAAAGAAAACUCUUCCCGAAAGUCAAAUUAAUGUACCUCAUGGGUCAGGUGAACAUGCUUCCAUUUCUGACACGCGGAUAGAUGAAGAUGACAAUAUGACGACGACAAGCUCUGUCUCAAGUUCUAUCAAUCGUCCCAGAACAACCAUGAACCAGUCCCCUAAAAAGAAUACCCAUGAUCGUCGAGGAACCCUUACAAAAGUGACCUUAACAAUGUUCUAUGUGAGUCUGGCCUCUCUUGUCGCCUACCUCCCCAUUGUCUGCUUGAUGUUCAUGAAUGUAUUCGCUCCAAGCGCAAUGACGGCAUUUAGAGAAUCGGCUACAUGGUUGUAUUACAUUGUUUGGCAAUCGUAUUACAUUCAAUGUGCUUUGAACCCUCUAAUCUACGGUUUCGGCAACACUGCCUUCCGGUAUGAAAUGAAACUUGCGUUUAAAAAAAUAACUCAAAAUUAAAAUCAAAAUCAGCCCUUUUUUUAUUGAGACGAUUGCACGUACCUGUUGUCAUAUUGAUAAAAAGGAGAUCAGCACUGAUGUUCUAACAUUGUCUGUGGUCUCAAAUCAUGGUUUGUGAUUCCUAUUUUUCUCCAUUAGAUAUUUUGUUCUUUUUAUAUCAUCAAGUCAUAUAAUUAUGCUUACAUGGGGACACACACAAUGACACAUGUGUACGAAAUAAAAUGUAAAACAUGGGUUAAAAUGUACGCAUAUACCUUGUUGAGCGCCUUCAUGUGCAAAUGUUUCUUAUAAAAAACAUCAAAGUUUAUCACAAAUGUUGCAGCAUUGAUGGCAAUAUGGCGGAUUAAGCUGGGUGGUCAAACAGCUCCGUGUGUAGUACAUAUAUCUGGAUAGUCUCCAACGAUAUGAAUGUAUAUGCAUAUAGUAGUACAGUGGAAAUAUGUGUGGAACAGUUUCGUAUGAAGAUGGGACGUUUUCCGCAGUGUUCAGUGGUGGAUCUGGAACAGAAUGUGUAACAGGGCAGUGGCACCUCCAGCACCACGGAAAUGUGUAAUGAUGAACAUGGGUACAGCCACCAACCUGAACUUGAUUUUGAUGUUAUAGUUUAGUGCGGGUGUGGAAUCUAACCCAGGUCCAGUUGAUAAGCGCUGUGAUGAUGACCCAUUGCAAGGGACCCAUUGAUAUUAGACGACAUUAAUGCUUGUGACUGAUCCAGAACAAUUUUGAAAGUAAAGGUGACUAAGUGGAAUAUCUUGAAUUAUCAUCAGAGACGAUCGAUGUAAGAUUAUGACAUUAAAAGACACAUCCAUGUUGACGAGUCAGA